AUGGACAAGGGCGACAACGGUUUCAACACUUUCUCACAAAGUGGAAGCUCCCAGUCCAGCUCCAACAAUCACAGUGACGACGAUCAAACACCCCCACACUAUCACAGAAAAUCUUCCAGCUAUCGUGCCACAGGUACUCACAAUGAGGACACGAGUGACUUGCAACUUGGCCUUAAUGGCAAGAAUGGCUCUUCAGUCCAUGCCGUCAUGCGACCAGACGUUCUUGCACCACCUCCUACCUCAGCUGCCAUCUCCAACGAUCCGAUUUCAAAGGGCUACCUAUCCAGCGAGGCUGCCUCGUGGCUUGUCAGCUGGUUUUUGCAACAUUGCCACCCUUUUCUACCAUUCCUCAACACCGAGGAACAGAAGGAUAUAGCGCACAUGCAAGCCCAGCAGCCUUUCCUUCUCACCACAAUGCUUGCCAUCAGUGCUCGUUUUGGCGCCCUGUCCCGCUGUCCGAAUUUGCCGACAUGCAUAGACAGUCAGCUGCAAGAGCGCCUCACGCAACUGGCAGAGACUCUGCUGGGUCAAACGUUGACAAGUUCGCGCUUCAACCUCAGCGAUGUCCACGCAGUCCUCUUCCUGCAUGCAUGGGGCUUGCGUCCUCUGGGUAGCGGCUCAGAUAGCUGGAUUUUGUCCGGCCAUGCGUUUCGUCUGGCUAAGCGGCUGGGGAUCGAUAAGACUGUCUCUUCCCUGCAUGAGAAUGACAGCCAGACGCUUGCAAUACGACGCACAUGGCUGCUACUGUGCUCGUCCGACUGCUUCCCUUCUCUUGGCUUUGGAAGACCCUUUUCGCCAAAGGAGAACUUGGAUUUGUGCGCCGACAUCAUUCAACGGCUCAAGCACCGUCACUUGGUUUGCGGGAUUGACAUUGGCCCAGACGCGUUCGUAGCUGCGCAAGGUGAGCUUGCGCAGAUUUCCAGGCGGCUGCUAGAAUGGGUCGCGGAUGCUGCCUCGCGACUUCGAGAUCGUAACAGCCGAGUGCGCGUCGCACACGAGCAAUUCUGGACCGAUACCGAGUCCAUCUGGCACCGCUACCGUGAUUUGAAUCAGCAGCUGCAGACGUGCGAUGCUCAAUGGAAUGAGGCACUGCGCUCUACCACAGAAAGGCAAUGCGCAGCGCUGUAUCGUUGGCAUGUUCGCCUCUGCCUUCCGAGUUUCGCUCUCCGACUCAACGACAUUGCGGCUGGUAGUCUCGUGUCUGACUCUGCAAGCACCAGCAACGACAGACGCAGCAGCCAGUCGAGAGACGCAGAAGCAUCGCGCUACCGGUCCAUCUACCAGCAGGACAUCCUGUGUUCCUCUGAAGCGAUCGUCAAGCUGCAUGCAAAUGACACGCAAAGUACGUUUGCUUACGUGCCCGACUACUUGGUCAUGGCCCUAGCUCAGGCUUGUGUUGCUCAUACCGGUCUGGUAGCAGCCAAUUCACCUCAGGACAGUGCUUUGAGAAAGCAAGCGUCGGAGCUUGUCUCCGACACCCUUUUGUCUUUGGAGCGCCUGGCAGCGCAAGGUGCUUCUUUGGCGCGCUAUCUUUCGGUGAAAGUUGCUAGCAUUGCCAAGAAGACGAGACUCAUCACGUCCACUGGUGACGGUGAAGCUCAAGGACAUGGCAAUGGAGGACCGAGAUCCUUCAAACGGCGAAGAGCACGUCGUGAAGGGUCCCAAGAUGGCUCCUCGCAGUGUCGCACUGCUCCCAGUGCUGCCACUCUUCAAAUAGGCCACGGUGCCACAUCGCAGCCAAGGAACGAGGCAGCACAUCACACGAGUGAUACUCAAUUCAGUCCUGGAAGCAGCAGUCUACAGGAGCUGCUGGAUGCGGCAUGGCCGGAAGCGGAAAACAUGGACCAAAUCGCACAGACCUGGUUCAACGUAGACGAUCCGCUGCGGCUUCUAUUUGGUGAAGACAUCGAAAUGCUUCCCACUCAUGUCCUUGGGACUGACUCGGACUUUGCUACAUGGGAUACAUAG